GAGUCGUGUGUCCGACUUUUGUACACACAAUAGGUAUACAAUACUUACAAGAUGAUCCAUAGCUCAUAGAAGACUCGACUCAUCCUUGGUUGCUUGUUAUACACACAGCACACGAGCUAAAAGCGAAGCAGUUUUAUCGCCUCGAUCGUGGCUUACUCGUCUACACGGCCAACGAUUCAAUCAUACGAAAUACUUUGUUGCAGUUGAACAGUACCGAAGCGCGCGUGAAAAUGUUGAUCGGGCUCUCGGUGCUUUUGGCGCUGUUACAGCUGUCGAGCAGCUCUAGUCCGGGUAAGCCCCGAGCCGGCAACUAUGACUUUUUCAUCUUCACGCAAGUCUGGCCCGCCACGUCCUGCUUCGUUUGGGAGGAAGAAUCUCCGUCGCACAAGUGCAACAUGCCACCGGCCUCUGCAAUGGACGAAUGGUCGAUCCACGGGCUCUGGCCCACCUUGAACGGCACCAUGGGUCCCUUCAAUUGCAACAGUACCCUGCACUUUGACAUCAAGGCUUUGGAAAAAUUGAGGCCGGAGCUCGAGGUCAAGUGGAUCGAUGUGCACAAGGGAGCCAAGCCACACGAAUUCUGGAGGCACGAGUGGGAGAAACACGGCACGUGCUCGGUCGACAACGAGGCCACCAACACGGAGAUCAAGUACUUUAAAAAGGGACUGGAACUGCUGGACGAGUACGAGAUGAAGAACGUGCUGGCCAAGGCUAACGUAACGCCCAAUCAAGCUUACCUGCUGCAGGACUUCUUGGACGGGGUGAAGAAGAUACUCGGGAAGAACGCGUUUGUCGAUUGCGUGCGAAAUAAAAAGAGAAAGGAAACUUACAUUUCGGAGCUGCGAAUUUGCUUGGACAAGACGUUUCGACUCAUAGAUUGCAAUGGCAUUUCGGACUUUCCAAGCAAUUGUAAUCCCAAAGAGAAAAUCAUCUAUCCUGAGAGCGUACCUGAUGUACUCGGGCUGUUGCCAUCGGUUAUUCAAAUUUAACGUUUAACAAAUUAAAGGUGUGUUGUUGCAUGAGUACAAGUGAUUAUUCAACAUUUUUGAGUGUUGAUUUACAUGCACGUCGAUACAGGAGUAGAAUUAUGUUGAUUUAUUAAUUUAUAAUCUAAUUACACAAAUCUGAAAUAAUGUAUUUUUACACAAGUGCUUCUAUGCUUAAGAAAUAAUCUAGAUUUUCUUUGCUGAACCCUUAAUUUAAUUGAAGAAAAAAUUAAUUAAUAAAAUUUUAAAUCAGGGAUGUAA